GAGUAUAAAAAGGGAUAGUAUCGUUAGCGUUCGCACAGAAGUGGUUGUUACAACGUUGGUGUUGGUUGCAGUUCGAACUACAUAAUUGGGCUGCGAACGCACGGAAACAUGAAGGCGAUAUUACUACUUUGUGUAACGACAUUGCACGCCGUUGUCGGCAGCAGCGGCCACGAAUGGUGGCGGACAAUGUCGCUCUAUCAGGUCUAUCCCAGGAGUUAUAAAGACAGCAAUGGGGAUGGGCUAGGUGAUAUAAAAGGUAUCAUAAGCAAGUUGGACCAUAUGACAGAAUCGCACAUCGACGCUUUCUGGGUGUCUCCCUUCUACUCAAGCCCUAUGGUCGAUUUUGGUUACGAUAUUUCCGACUACCGCAGCAUUUUCCCCGCCUUUGGUACAAUGAAAGAUUUCGAGGAUAUGGUGAAAGCCGCCCAUAGCAAAAAUUUGAAGGUGGUCAUAGAUUUCGUACCGAAUCAUACUUCGGAUCAGCACGAAUGGUUUCAGAAAAGUUUGAAGAAUAUCAAACCCUACAGCGAUUACUACGUCUGGCACGAGGGCCGAAAACUUGAAAACGGCACCAGGGCGCCACCGAACAAUUGGAUCAGUAUAUUCGGUGGAUCAGCGUGGACGUGGCGACCGGAACGCAACGCGUAUUAUUACCAUCAGUAUACAAAGGAGCAACCGGAUGUUAACUACUUCAACGAAGAUUUAGUACAGGAGAUGAAGGAUAUUCUCAAAUUUUGGUUGGAUAAAGGCAUAGACGGAAUUAGAGUGGACGCCGCUGCUCGUCUUUGCGAGAAUCAAACGUUUGCGGACGAACCACUGUCAGGACUCACCAACGACCCAAAUAAUUUUGCGUAUACGGUGAAAAUCUACACCAGAGACCACCCUCGAAAUUAUGAGAUAGUGAGAGGAUGGAGCAAGGUCCUUGCUCAAUACGAGGGCGAUAAAGUCAUGAUGAUCGAAGCGUACACAGAUUUAAAUCACACGAUGGAGUUUUACGAUGCUGGUGCCAGUUACCCCUUUAACUUUGCAAUGGUCAUAAAUUUGAAUUCCAAUUCAACGGCGAAGGAUUGGAAAUUCAUAGUUGAUCGGUGGAUCGACAACAUGCCAAAGGGUGCUACACCUAAUUGGGUGGCUGGAAAUCACGAUAAUUCGAGGUUGGUGACUCGGUUGGGGCCCGAUCGUGCACGAGCGAUAACUGCGAUGACUUUCAUAUUACCCGGUGUCACUGUCACGUACAACGGCGACGAGAUCGGCAUGGAGGAUACAUGGGUUUCCUAUAAAAACACCCAAGACCCGCACGGAUGUAACGAGGGUCCGGAAGGAUACGAAAAAACGUCCAGGGAUCCUGUUAGAUCGCCGUUCCAAUGGGACGCUACCACUUCCGCCGGAUUUUCUACGAACGCGAAAACUUGGAUUCCAGUUAACGACGACUACAAAACCGUGAAUCUAGCAUCGGAGAAGAAGGAUAAAGACUCUUUCUAUAAUUUCUAUAACUCCCUUGCGAUUCUGAAGAAAGUGAAUCCGGCUGUCCGGAAAGGAAACCUAACCGACAAACUGCUGACCGACAAUGUUCUCUACAUCGCUAGAGAGACCGUAUCGCAGGGAGCUGUAUACGCGAUAUUGAACGUCGCAAACUCGACGGAGGUUGUGGAUUUGUCAGAAAUCCAGAAACCAAAGUGCAAGUUGAGAGUGUACUACGCAUCGGCCGGUUUUGGUCUAAAGAAAGGGGCUCUUCUCUGUAACGAGAGUGUAAAAGUGCCUCCGUACGGUACAUUGGUUCUAACCAGACAUUAGAACGAAGAAUGGAAAGCAUUAUACCAUCGUAUUACUGCUACUAUUUAAUACUUUUAAAAACUAUAAUAUACAGUUUAUUUAUUGAAA